UUUUUUUAUUUAUUUUAUAUAUCAGGAAAUCAGCAAUUUUUUUCAUCUCCCAAUUUCUUUGCAUUUCUCGAAGCCCUAGCAUUUGAAUCCGAUCUCCUGACAAAAAGGUUUUGCACUAAAGCUGUAUAUCCAAGAUGUCGACUGGGUCAUCACGGGAAGAGUUUGUUUACAUGGCAAAAUUGGCCGAACAGGCUGAACGUUACGAGGAAAUGGUUGAAUUCAUGGAGAAGGUUGCCAAGACUGUGGAUGUGGAGGAACUCACGGUCGAGGAGAGGAAUCUGCUCUCUGUUGCCUACAAGAACGUUAUUGGAGCCAGAAGGGCUUCAUGGAGGAUCAUCUCUUCUAUUGAGCAGAAGGAAGAGAGCAAAGGAAAUGAUGAUCAUGUUGCUAUCAUCAAGGAUUACAGGGGCAGGAUUGAAACUGAACUUAGCAAGAUCUGCGAAGGGAUUUUGAACCUUCUCGAUUCUCAUCUCAUUCCGGCUGCCUCUUCAGCUGAAUCUAAAGUCUUUUACCUUAAAAUGAAGGGUGACUACCACAGGUAUCUUGCCGAGUUUAAGGCUGGGGCUGAGAGAAAGGAAGCUGCUGAGAGCACUUUGUUGGCUUACAAGGCUGCUCAGGAUAUUGCUCUUGUUGAGUUAGCUCCCACUCACCCCAUCAGGCUGGGUCUUGCACUUAACUUCUCUGUUUUCUACUAUGAGAUCCUUAACUCGCCUGACCGUGCAUGCAACCUUGCCAAGCAGGCAUUCGAUGAAGCUAUCGCGGAGUUGGAUACACUUGGUGAGGAAUCAUACAAGGACAGUACCCUGAUUAUGCAGCUGCUCAGAGACAAUCUCACGCUCUGGACUUCCGACAUCACUGAUGAGGGUGAUGAGAUCAAGGAAUCAGCGAAGCCUGAAGGUGCAGAGGGUGAUGAACAAAAGCAGUAAAACAAAAGAAGAAGGGGAGCAGGUAAUGAUUAUGGGGUUACUAUUACUAUAGGACAAACACUUGAGACUUUUGUUAUGGUUAUAUCAGGCUCUUUCAUUGGUUUUGUUACAGAUAGUUUAUUCACAAACACGUGAACCUCCCCCAAUAUAAAUUUCUGCCUUUCAAAGAUCGACUACCGAAUUCA